GCUCGGUCUCAAACAGAAACGCACACCGCGAGCGGACUCACUGCUGAACGGGCGGCACGAGACUCUUCCUCACCACCACCUUCGCCGUCCUCUUCUUCUGCGGAUGGAGGGAUGCUAACAGGAGAGCUUCAUUAUCAUCUUCAUCACCGUGCAUCAUCAUCAUCACCACCGGGAGCGGAGGGACAGAGCUAGGAGCAGCAGCAGCUCUCCGUGCGCUAAAAAGUUGAGGAGGAUCCGGUUUCAUUACGGAGCACCGGAGGGGCCCGUGCCCGGCGUUAACCCGGGAUAAUCCGCCUGACACGGUUCAUUUCUACUUUGGACUUCAUGGAGACGCAUCCGGUGGUUUUUGAAGGGGAAUAGCCUAUUGCGAGGCUAUAAGGGAUCACUGACGGCGCUUUCAAGGAUCUCUUUCUAACCUGUCCCCGGUAGCCUACUGAAACUGAUCUCCGGUGUGUUUAACCUAUCUCUAACGUUACAAAAGGACACCUUUUUUCUUUUUUUUUCUUUUUUACCGGAUCAUCCGGUGUUUAAAAUGACUUGUGUGUUUGAACUGAUCAGUGACGUUUUGAAAAUGAUCCCCAGAUGUUUGUUGUAACGGAUUCCCGGUGGUUAAACUGUUAAAUAACGGAUUUCUGACGUUUAACAGCCAACAACUCCAUAACGGGGGUUCUUUGUGUUUAAACUGACAUCUGAGGUGUAGUGUAACGGAUCCCCGGACAGUCCCGGGUGGACUUGACGGUUUGCUGACCGACGGUAACCCCAGCCCCCUCCCCCGUUAGCCUACUGGAGAAAGAAAUAUUAGAACAAGAAGAACAACGGCUGGCCUAUAAAGCAGGUGCUCACCGCGGAGUUCAGAGGAACAACUGCUUUAACGGAAAAGCGCGGCUCUUCUCGGGGGUUCCCUGAACCCAAGGGACCGGCCACCGGGAGAAACCGACCCGGGGCUCACCGCUUCCCAACGGGGGCGAGAGAAGAGAAGUUACCGGAGGAGUUGAUCUGGAUCUUAGACUUCCUCGCGGACCGUUAACGGGCGGAUAACGUUCAUCAGUAAUAACUGACUGAUCGCAUUAAGGGGACGGAUUAAUUGUUGGAGUUUUAACGGAUAAAAACCCCGCCUAUUUCUCCCGUUUUCUGUUCGGUUUCCCCUCCGAUUGGAAUCCACCGAAUCGUUAUUCCGGGGUAGCCUAUUAAUCAUAUUGAAUCAAUUUUUCAUCCAUCAUCAGCCUCACGAACUGUAAAGCAGCGAUCGUUUAGACCCGGUUUAGAACCCGAGUGAAUUAUCUCCUCCACGGUGUAAUAAACACACAUGCUGGCCGUAAAUUAUCCACUUAACCCCCUCAAGAGAGAGAAUGGGAGAGAGCCAUAGGGUGAGGCUGCAGUGAGAGAGUUAUUACUUCUAUGAGACACCAUCUUCUUUCUGGAGAAGUUCACGAAAAAAGCAUUUAAAACGACAAACGCUCAUUUUAACUUAAAUUCUGACAAACGGAGACAUACUCAAACCCUUCAACUGGUGAUGUUUUAUGUCAAUUAACCUGAAAAUCAACCUUUUAAUAUACUACAGGAAAACUGAAAUGUAAUCCUAAAAUAUUGUGGAGAUACUCCUCUCAUUGUGCAUCUGUGGCCCAUAAUACUGGCCUUAAUGGUCUGUAAGGCCUUUUCAUCUCCCACUGCAUCAUCAUAAUAAUCCCAUAAUAGUCCGAUCGGGGUUUAUUUAUGCUUUAUUGCAGUUUUGGAAGACCUUUAACUCAGAAGCAAUUAACUUUACAACAACCUGGAGACCGUAACCUGCUGCUUUAAAUCUCCUGUGUUAGUUUAGGCUUUGGUUCAGGAUCUCUGUCUCAAAUGCAUGUAGAUCAACUGACCGUUUCUGAAGCUCAAAAUGAGAAAUUCCAUCAUCCAAAAGUGAUUUUAAUGAAUACUCGGUGAGCAAAUCCAGCUAAAGUGUGACUUCAGGUUGUUUACCAUCAUAAACGGUCUUAACGCGGCUUUAUUCUCAGUCUAACACUUCUAUCUGUGGUGGUUUAGAGUUUAGCUUACCCAGCUGAUUCCCAGUGAAAGCCUAUGGAUGAUACGCUCACUGUAUAGCCACAUCCUCAACAGCAUCCCCCCUCCUCCUCCUCCUCCUCAGACUCCUCUAGAACUUGAAAUCGAGCCAUACAGCAUUGAUUUUUUUUUUUCUUCUCCUCACCGCAAAAUCAAAACGCACACGACCAUCUCAUCCUUUCUAGUUUGUCAGUCUUGUUGCCUGAAAUGUAAAACGUGCCGCAGUGUGGGUUUUCCACCUCGAGCCACAGCUGAAGGACGUUAAUAACGGUCAAGCAGCGGCGAGGUCAGAGUUCAGCUUUUCAGAAAUAUUAACUGCUGCACAGACUGGAGCUUUGACAGACUGAGAACUGGGAGCUUUGGAAGGAUCAAAACACAAACGGCUCCUUUUCACAUUGAAUCGUCUGUAAACGAGCUGGAAUCAAACCCGAGCAUCAAUGCACUUUGUCGUUAGUGACAGCUAAAUGGGACUAAACGACAGCAGCCCGGGCGCCAUGCGGAAUGGCCGCGGCCUCUCGGACCAGUGGGCAGAGUCGGUGGUGGUCCGGCCUCGAACCACCGAGCGCCACAUCACCGUGCACAAACGGCUGGUGCUGGGCUUCGCCCUCUCCAUCCUCACCCUCAUCAUCGUCACGGCGGUGGCUGUGGUGCUCAGCGUCCGCUUCGAGGAGUGCGGGGGACGAGAUCGCGACGGAGCGGCGGGUGAGUCAGGCUCGCGAGGCACCGGAGGGUCGGCGAAGUUGAACGGGAGCAGAGGCGAGAGGACGGGGGAGAGGGGUGACGAUGAGGCGGUCCAGCCGUGGAGGAAUUUGAGGCUGCCGGGCUCGUUGAGGCCACGGCACUACGACCUGGGGCUCGCCGUCUACAUGGACAACUUCACUUUCUCCGGAGAGGUCAGCAUCGAGCUGGAGUGCGUCAACGCCACAAGAUUCAUCGUGCUGCACACUGACCGCCUUGAGGUGGACCGGGUGUCCGUCACAGCAGAGGGCGGCGCCGGUGGCCGUCCCGCCAACAGGCCCGGGGGCGGAGCCAUGCGCAUCCACCGCCACUUUGCCUUCCCGGCCAAUCAGAUGUACGUCGUGGUUCUGCACCGCGAGCUGAAGCCGAUGAGAGUUUACCGGCUGAACGUGAGCUUCGACGCCGCCAUCGAGGAUGAGCUGCUGGGCUUCUUCAGGAGCUCGUACACCCUGCACAGAGAGAAACGUUACCUGGCCGUGACUCAGUUCAGUCCCAUCCACGCCCGGAAGGCCUUCCCCUGCUUCGACGAGCCCAUCUACAAGGCCACGUUCUCCCUCACCCUGCGCCACGACCCGCAGUACACCUCGCUCUCCAACAUGCCCGUGGAGAGCAGCUCGCUGUCGGACGAGGACGGAUGGGUGACCAACCGCUUCGCCCGCACGCCGCGCAUGUCCACGUACUACCUGGCAUGGGCCGUCUGCAACUUCACCUACAGAGAGACGCAGACCGACAGCGGCGUGACGAUCCGCUUGUACGCUCGACCAGACGCAAUUUCUAGCGGAGCAGGGGACUAUGCUCUCCACAUCACCAAGAGGCUUCUGGGAUUUUACCAGGACUACUUCAAAGUUCAGUACUCACUGCCCAAGCUAGACUUGUUGGCGGUGCCCAAACAUCCCUAUGCCGCCAUGGAGAACUGGGGGCUGAGCGUGUUCGUGGAGCAGAAGAUCCUAUUGGACGCUGAAGUGUCGUCGGCAUCCUAUCAGAUGGAGCUGACCAUGGUGGUCGUCCACGAAAUCUGCCACCAGUGGUUUGGUGAUCUGGUGACUCCGGUCUGGUGGGAGGACGUCUGGUUAAAAGAAGGUUUUGCUCAUUUCUUUGAGUACGUCGGCACCGACUUCCUCUUUCCAAAGUGGAACAUGGAGAAGCAACGCUUCCUGACUGAUGUCCUCCAUGAGGUGAUGCUAUUGGAUGGCUUACGUUCCUCCCACCCAAUCUCCCAGGAAGUGGAGCAGGCGACAGACAUCGACCGAGUUUUUGACUGGAUUGCCUACAAAAAAGGGGCAGCGUUGAUCCGGAUGCUGGCUAACGUGAUGGGACAGACGCUCUUCCAGAAAGGACUUAACGAUUAUCUGCUGAGUCACAUGUACAGCAACGCAGCCAGAGACGACCUGUGGAGCAAACUGUCUCAGGCCAUGCGUUCAGAGGGGCGCGACAUCGACAUUGGACAGAUGAUGGACAGGUGGACUCUACAAAUGGGCUACCCCGUGGUUACUAUCACCAAGAACCAAUCGGAGCAGCUCCCAACUCAUUACAUCACUGUCAGCCAGGAGCACUUCCUGUACGGGCAGGACGGCAGGAGCAACAACAGUUUACAGUGGCAGGUUCCAUUGACGGUCGCUGUGGGAAACGCAUCCAGUGUUUGUUCGGAGAGCCUCAUCUGGAUCAACAACAAGACAGAAACCCACAGGAUCAGUCGGAUGGACGACAACACCUGGUUGCUAGGCAACAUCAACCAGACAGGCUACUUCCGUGUGAACUAUGACCUCCAGAACUGGAAACUGCUGAUACAACAGCUACACAACAACCCUGAAAUCAUCUCGGUUGGAAACAGGGCGGGACUUAUCGAUGAUGCCUUUAAUCUGGCCAGGGCUGGGUACCUCCCACAGGGCGUUCCCUUGCAGCUGAUUGGCUACCUGCCGGAGGAGCAGUCCUUCCUGCCGUGGCACUCUGCCAGCCGAGCACUCUACCAGCUGGACAAACUGCUGGACCGCACAGAUGAAUACAGCCUGUUCAGUGACUAUGUGCUGAAGCAGGUUGCAUCACGGUACCAUCAGAUGGGUUGGCCAACAAACGGCCCCAGCAGCGAGGGCAACGUGCUGCAGGCGUCCUACCAGACUGAGGAGUUACAGAGGGAGCUCAUCAUGUUAGCUUGUAGCUUCGGGAACAAACAGUGCCACCGUCAGGCGGUCGCCUACAUCUCUGACUGGAUCUCCAGCAACAAGAACAGGAUUCCUCCCAACAUCAGAGACAUCGUUUACUGCACUGGGGUCAGUCUGAUGGACGAGGACGUGUGGGAGUUCAUCUGGAUGAAGUUUCACUCCACCAACGCCAUUUCAGAGAAGAAGAUCCUGCUGGAGGCGCUGACCUGCUCGGACAACACCUUCCUCCUCAACAGGUUACUGAACCUGUCUUUAACCUCUGACCUGGUCCCAGAGCAGGACGUGAUCGACGUCAUCAUCCACGUGGGCAGAAACCCGCAGGGUCGAAACCUUGGCUGGAAAUACUUCAGAGAAAAGUGGGACAUACUCAACGCACGUUAUGGUGAAGCGUUGUUCAUGAAUUCGAAGCUCAUCGGUGGAGUCACAGAGUUCCUGAACACCGAGAAAGAACUCAAUGAGUUAAAGGAGUUCAUCCAGUCCAGUGGUGUGGGCGCGGGGCCUGCGCUGGCGCGGGCACUGGAGAUCGUCGAGGGCAACGUGCGCUGGCACCGCCUCCACCGGCGGCAGUUCUACCAGUGGCUGCGAAAGCCUCCGAGCCCCGCGUUCGGCUAACGCUACACCGGCUGGCUAGAGUGAAGCGACUGCAAACUGACUGCUAACUUAAUGCUAAUGCACUGCUAGCUUACAGAUUCAGUCAGAUAGAAUGAAAAAAAAGUAUUGAUGAUGAGAGAGACUGACUUAACUGGUUAUUCAGCUGAUUUCGCUACUCCUUUUGCACUGAAAGAGAUUUGUUGCAAACAUUUUAUUUCAGAUGGUUUAUUUCUUCAAAGCUGCUAGUCAGCCGUCACUGAUUCAGUAAUUGCUAGCUAGUAUCUAGCGUCAGAACUAUCCAAUGACUAAAUCGCCCCCAAAGACGAUGGACACUGAGAGAAGAAUCUGCUGUCAGAUGAACAAUAGUCAACUACAACAAGAUCUUCUGAAUUUAAAUUGAAACAGAUGAUUUGACCAACAGCUGAACAAACUUUUAACAUUACCAAUGAAACAUUUCAGUAGUUGUGCAACAAAAUAUAAAACCUGUGAAAUGCCCACACACAAAGUACUUUAUCUGCAAAACACUUAGUUGCUAUAAAUUACAAUUACGGUCGGAAAAUUCGUAUAAUUGGCUAAAUGAGAUAUUACAUGAGUUGGCAUGGUUCCUUAUUGACUAAAUAAAAACCAAACUAUGUUUUCAGGCA